CCCGGAGGAAGCGAAGGGUUUGAUGGGAGAGAGCGAGUGCCUGUCCUCUUCAACGAGGACAUACGACUCGGCUGCCAGCUGCAGCUUACCAGGUCGCAGUUGGCCAGCUUCUGCUCAGCUGGAGCGCUUCAUCCCCUCCUGCGCUAUCCCAGCAGUCUCCGCCUGGGGAUCUGGGGCAACUCUGACCCCAGCAACUACCUGGACUGGGUCCCCAACAACCCGAACCAGCAGCAGCUGGCGGACACCCCCGGCAACCCCAGCACGAGCCAAGCAUGGGACCCGCGAGGCAAUUGCUCGAACGUGGUCAACUCGAUCCACUUGGAGGUUCUGACAGCAGACGAGGGAAGCCUGCGCAACCCGCAGCAGAAGAUCAUCGGAGCACGAAUCGUGUACGGUCAGUCCUUGUGGAUCGCCCAGCAGCCCGACGAUUCGAAGCCCAACUUGUACACCAUCACCACCACCGUCUCCUUCCUCAAGAUCGCCAACGGUGGGGCUGUGGAGGUGAUGCCCCCCAUUCCCUCUGUGCUUCCUGUCCUCCCCAACGACAUCUUCUACCCCUUCACCGGGGCCGCGAGUUCCUGCCGCAUCGGCCGAUGGCAGGUCGCGCUGAUCUUCUUGUUGUCUGCGGGCAUGGGGAUGUUGCUGUGAAGACUUUGAAUGUGAUGCUUGCUUUGAUAUAAAAGAAUAAAUGUAACCCACUUCCUUGUCUCCCACUCCUCACCCCCUUGUGGCUCCGCCCGCAACCGCUGCCGCUUCACCUUCCCCACCUUCGCCCUCACUCUAGCUUGCUUGGUGGCAGACCUCUCUUGGAGAGAUCAUGUAGCAGAUACGCGAUGACGAAGUGCAGGAGGAGAGCGUAAGUCACCAGCCCGGCAAUCGUAGGUCGCACAGGGAGAUUUCGAGGAGAGCCAUAGUCUCUUGAUAGAAUCAACCUCGUCCAGUGGGAGGAGUUGCAGACAUUGCCAGCAGCCUUUCCCCCUUCUCCCCCGUCUUGGCAUCCCAUCAUGCCCAACCACUCCUGCACCUGCGACCCAUCCACAGCGCCGCUGCCCUUCUUAUGCUUGGAAGAGCUGAAACUCUGGCUGGCAUGCCCGAUCAUCUCCAAUGGGAGACCUCUCCCUACAGGCGGCCGGAUGCUCGAGCGCAAGCAGGCGCCAUGGUCUCCCUCCAGGGUCUGCAGGCUGCUCAUCUGCUCCUUGAGCAUCUCGUUUUCCCGCUGUAGUUGACGGACUUGUGUCAUCGCGUCGACUAGCCUUUCCCACGUGACCACGUCAGGGACUUUGUUACCGUAGUGACCGCUCUUGAGAUUUCCAUCACCAACAAGCUUCGAAAUGAGAGGGAUCAUGUCGAGCAUCGACAAGCUCAAUGUAACCCCUCCCACCCUCACCCUCCCCUCAGUCCGUGCUCGACGAGCU